AUGGCGGCAAACCACGACAACGGAGUAUACGCGAACCGUGAACUCGGUGAAGCGGCCACCCUGCCGAUGAAGAACCUGGAUGCAUGGAAAGAAUGGGUCGCAAAGCAACAUGCGCUUAUGCAUAUAUAUGGUGCGGAGGAGUGGUUUAAGCAUUUGUUAGAACAUAUCGAGGAGGAGACAGUGUCGGACAAAGGCGCAGUACCACGAGUAGAAAAACACUUAGAAGUGGAAAAAGUAAAUACAGCACAACAGAUGCUAAGAGUGCGAGAUUUACCACGCAUGCAACUGCAUCCGCAACCUUACAUGCACAAACGCGUAACCGCUAAAACAUGGAUACUCAUUCUAGCGUGCGUUAUAGAAGACUGCGCGCUCGAAUGUCGUUUGCACGAUAGGGAGUUAUAUGUAGAUGCUCUAUUGCAGCAACUGUGA